AUGUGGAAGAGCAUUGUACUAUGUAUCGCAUUGUUGUGCCUGUGUGAGGGAUCUGCCAGUACGACUGGUGAAAGUGAAGGAUCCAGCAGCAAUAUUCGUCGUGGCCGUGGUCCUCAUCGGAAACUCGGGCUUUUGGAAAGUGCCUGGCAAAGGAUCCAGAACAUCCUUGCAGAGCCCAGAGUCACGGUCACUCAAGAAUUCUAUGAUGUGGUAAUCGUCGGGGCUGGCAUGGCAGGGUUGGCAGCCGCUGCGGAACUCAAAGCCAUUGACCCAGAUAUCAGCUACAUCAUUUUGGAAUCCUCCAAUCGCAUUGGAGGUCGAGUUCGAAGCACCACUUUUGGAGCAGCUGGAAAACAAUUCGUGGUCGAAGAUGGGGCAAACUGGCUUUACGAAGAUAGCAGCUAUCCGACUUGGCAGUUGGCUAACGAUCUUGGCUUGCAAAGUUUCAAGAACGACUAUCGAGACUUUACAAUGUAUGAUACCACUGGUACUCAAGUUGCCGAUGCCACUGCUCAAGCAAGGCUGGAUGUUUUCCUCGAUGCGUUCCGUGAGGCGGAAAAGGAUGCAGACAAUGAGUUUGAAGACACUGGGGACUCAGGCUUUGUGGACAAGGGCGUCGUGGGUUUGUUGAACCAAAACGGUUGGAACGUGGCAUCCGACUCAUCAGGAAACAUGGACUACAUCUUCCAGUGGCUCUUUGUUGACUUUGAAUAUGCGGAGAGUGAUACCUCGCAAAGGUUCUUUCCGUAUGAGAGCGGUGAUCCGUAUCUGGUAACGGAUCAGCGAGGAUUCGAGCAUCUUGUCCAAACGUACCAGGCCAACAACGUGCCCUCGGACCGUAUUCGCUUGAACACCAAAGUCCAAGCCAUCAACUAUGAUGUGAACUUUUGUGGUGGACCAGGACCACUCUACAAGGCCAUCGUAAACACAGAUUUCGUUGAAUACUAUGCCCAGCGUGUCAUCAACACCGUCAGCGUUGGAGUUCACAACAGCAAUGGGAUCAUCUACAGACCCAGCCUUGCCUAUCCACCAGAAACGACCAAUCCUUACAAAAUGGCUCAAUACAUCAAGGUGUUCUAUCAGUUCUCGACCAAGUUCUGGGAUAGCAAGCAGUUUGUCUAUGUUAUGCGAGAUGUUAGCCAACGAGGUCAGUGUCACCAUUGGCAAGAUAUGGAUGUGGAGAUACCAGGAAGUGGAAUCAUCCGAUGUGAGCUCAUGACGGAGGCCUUUGAGGCACUCAUUGAUUCAACCACGCUGGAGCUCUCAGCAGCAACGUUGGAUUCUCUACUGGACCCUCUUCGCAGUGCCUAUGGCACCAGCACUGUUGGGACUCCCAUCGCGACGUACUACCCAAAACUAAACCUGGAUAGAGACUUUGGGUAUGGAGCAUAUGGCAACUGGCAAGUUGGCAGGACGUUUUCAGAAUUUGCAAGAUUCUUUGGAGGUGUGGAUGAGUUUUCCUCCAGGUGUGAUCAUAAUGGUUGCAACUCCCUCGGAGAGUGGAUCGUCCAGUUUUCGGGAUCAGCAUCGUGUUAUGAACAUUCUGAGUUCGUACACGGUGCUUUCUUUGCAGGGCAACGGAGUGCCAGGUUUGCCAUGGAUUCAUUAGGCAAGGAUGUGGACACGGGCAAGAGCGAAUGUGAUGUUUCGUUUUCAGAGUUUGGCUUCACUCCGUUCAUGGGAGUAGGAGCUAACCGAUCGAAUGUCUAG